AUGUAUAAGCCACCUACGUACGGACGUCCUAUUUCUCGACAUACAGUCGCAGGUUCUCGGCCUCAUUUGAGAGCAGAUUCCUGGUCUGGUCAACAAUUCGAUUGUAUAUACAUCGGAAUAUCCGGCUUGUUAGAAACCUCUCGGCCCAAGAUAGCAAUCGUUAUCCGGGAUGCUGCUUACCUAGUCGAUUACCUUGAGUAUGAGUUUGGAUACCACGAAGUACCGGUACCAGGCUCCGCCAUCUGUGAUUCCGUUAUCGUCGAAUUGGAAAGAUACAGCAAGACAUAUUUAGACAAGAUUGCGGGCGUGGCAUUCCCGAAGGAGAUCCAUGACAGAAUUCCCAAUCUUUGUUCCCGGCUUUGGAUGGAACUUGAUUGCUUUCCCCUGGCUCUCGAUCAAUAUCAACGAGUACGCCAGCGGAGUGACCAUGGUAAUCUUGCUACCUUCCGAGGAUGGAGCGAGAAGUCUCUUGAUGAGCAAGCAGAUUCAAUGGCGAGGAAAUGUAUCAGGUAUCCUUGGUUGCCCAUCUCAAUCGUCAGCUGGAUUCUAAUGCAUCUCAGCUUAUUUGGUGUCGAUAAUAUCCCGCAUUUCGAUAUUGGCGUCGGUGGUUCAGUGGAAAUCGAUAAUGCGUUCCACGCGCAUAUUGCCAGUGCUAGAGAUUUCGAGAAUAGUGUGACUCCAGAAACAUGGUCGCUAGCACAGCACUAUGCCUCGGAUCUCAAGGAAAGGGGAGUUAAAAUUGCAAUUUUCAGUGCUACGCCCCAGAACACGGCGAGUGCAAAUACCAAAAGUGCUCUUCUCCGGCUCUCACAUUGCCUAGGGACUAGUAUAAGGUGGUAUGUUCCAGACCCAUCUCCUAAAGUUUCUCGCGUCGUGGAAAAAAUGCAGAAAAUGCUGGAAGGGAUCUCAAGACCCGAAAACCAUCUCACCACGGAUGAGGAGCUACAGCUGCUGAACUGGGUAUACGAAAAUGCACAACAUCACUGGCUACGCUCCAAUGGUCCUCUUCGCCAGGCGCAGGAUGGGGGUGCGGAUGUUGUUAUAGUUGAUGAUCCAAUCUUAUCAGUGUUGGCACUCAUCUCCAAGCAACAUGACCCUAAGAGACCGGUCAUCUUUCACAGCAGGAUUAAUAUGCCGAUUGACCCAGCUGUAUCUGGUGGUCUGGCGAAGACUGAAGUUUUCGACUUCAUCUGGCGGACACUACAGCAUGCCGAUAUCUUAGCAUGCCAAGCGUUAAGUACAUUGGAAUCCCGAUUGAUACCUGGAAACAAAGUGGGGUACAUGUUAGCCACCGUUGACAAGUUUGACGGACUUAACAAGGAUAUGAACGAUUUUGACCUCGCUUUUUACGGCCGUCAAUUCAACGCGUCCUGUAGAGAGACUGGGACAACAAUCAUUGAUUAUCCAGACGACGAGUAUAUGCUUUUGCAAAUGCCCCAUAGGCCGUCAUUAAAGCCGACUUUGAGUGCAUUGGAAGCUUAUCGGGAGUUCUGCACCCUUAUGAAGACUUCAUCGGCACCACGUCUCCCUAAACUUCUCCUUUAUGGCCACCAGCUGAACGAUCAUGCCAAUAAGGAAGUUUACGAUGCUGUUGCGACGCACAUUACAUUGCACAUGAAUGACCUCGUGGGCCAGAUAUCCAUCAAACAGGUCAGGCCUCCUGACCAAAUUUGGAACACUCUUCUUUCGAAGGCCACACUUGUUAUUCUACUCUCUGACGUGGAGAGCUUUGAGGAAGGGUUUCUAGAGGCUGUCCAGAAAGGGAAACCUGUCAUAACAACGCAGCCACUUGGCCCUUACUGUUGUCUUGUGGAAAACGACCCUAAUAUCUUUACCGUCGAAAUUACGGACGCAAAUUCUAUGGCUGAGGAUCUUUUCAAAAUUUGGACGGACAGCAAACUAAAACCGAAGUUAAAUAUUUCCGCGCCAAACAAAACGUGGGACGAGGUUACCACGGUGGGAAAUGCCGUGAACUGGUUGUUUCUUGCCUCGGAGCUAUCAAAAGGCAAGAAUCUCGAGCCGAAUGGUGAAUAUAUUUACCAAUUGGCUAAGAGAGGUAAAACUAAAGCGAAUCAAACCUAA